ACCAAACCCAAGGAACACGAAGCGAGGAAGAAGAGAUCAUGGGGGUGGCUAAUCUCUCGUACGAGGAAUGUCGUCGCAAGAGACUCGAAGAAAACAAGAAGAGAAUGGAAGCCCUAAAUUUGCCCUUGCUUUCUCAGGCUCUCCUCGAUUCUUCCCCUUCCAAAUCCUCCCCAAGCAAGUUGGGCAAGCCUCGUGUCACUCAGAAACAGCUGGUGGUGGUGAGGAGAUCCAGUCGCGUAGCAAAACAAUCAGCCCCUGUUUACGCUGAAGUUCUUAUCAAUCGCGUGGUGAUUCCUAGAAGGACCUCCAGAGCUAGAGAUUUUUCAAACCAGUUUUAUGCUUCGGAUGAAGCAAGAAAAAAUGCCUUUGAAAGAGCAGAGCAACUUCAAUCUGGGUUGGAGCCGAAUUAUCCCAGCUUUAUAAAGUCAAUGGUUCGAUCUCAUGUUAGUGGUUGUUUCUGGCUGGGGCUUCCUGCUCAUGUCUGCAAGACAAUCCUUCCAAAUCGUGAUGGAGUUAUGACUUUAAUAGAUGAAGAUGGCGAUGAGUAUCCAACAAUAUAUUUGGCCCGAAAAACAGGACUUAGUGGCGGAUGGAAGGGUUUUUCAAUUGCUCAUAAAUUGGGAGAUGGGGAUGCUGUGGUUUUUCAGCUCAUUAGACCUACAACCUGCAAGGUGUACAUUCUUAGGGCGCAUAGUUCCAGAGAAGAUAGUGAUUCUAACAGUAGCUAAAUGGUUUACUUAAAAAUCCCAAUUCAGGUAAGAAGUGGCCUGAUGGGGAAGUGCACAUAAUGCAAUGCAGCUACGUUUGUCAGACUUGGGUUUGGAGCAAAAUGCAGUGUGUCUUUUGUAUAGGCUAUCUUUGGAGGAGCAAAUGCAAUCACCAAAGUAACAGAAUAGGAUUUGUUAAUUGCAGUGGUGUGGUGUAUUCAAAUCUCCCUAACACUUCUUCACUUUUCUUUAUUUUAGCUUAGACUACAUUGUUAGCUGAUAGAUAGAUUUGGCUGAUUUUGAACGAGCGAGCCUCAAGGUUCCAAGUGGGUUGAGUCCUGUGUAAGUUAAUGAACUUGAG